AUGGACUAUUUAAGUGAUAAGAGUCUUGAAAACGAAACAAAUGAACUAAAACAACCUUCGUUAGAAUCUUGUACGUCAUCUCAAACAAGUCAAAAAGUCGAACCAGUUCACCAUAAUGCCAAAUUAUAUUUAUGGCAUUUUGGUCACUGUAAUACAAAAAAAUGCAGUGGAAGUAAAUUACUACGAUUUUCAAAAGUUGUGGAACUGAAGCAAUCUCAAAAGUGUCAUGGAAUCAUAUUAAGCCCUAGAGCGACGCAUUAUAUUAGUCAAGAAGAUGCGGACGACAUUUUAAAGAAAGGUUUAUGCGUAGUGGAUUGCUCUUGGAAUCGUCUGCAAGAUGUACCCUUUCAAAAGUUACACACUGGAAAAGAACGUUUAUUACCUUUUUUAAUAGCAGCUAACUCGACACAUUACGGACGUCCUUUUGAGUUAUCAUGUGUAGAGGCUUUAGCUGCUUGUCUUUCAAUAGUUGGUCUUGAUCAACAAGCGUCGGACAUUUUAUCCAUUUUUAAAUGGGGACCUCACUUUAUUGAACUAAAUACAUCAUUAUUACAGCUUUAUAAAGAAAAAGGUACCACAUCAAUCAACAUGGCCUCUUUACAGAAACAAAUUUUGCACGACAAGAAUCAAGCACAAAAACAAAAAGAACGAAAAAAAAAAACCUGUAAUCUAGAGUACUUGGACUCUAGUUUAAUGCCACCAGGUAACUCUUCCGUUACGACACUAUUUGAAAAAAGAAAUUAAAUUCAUAAUUAGAUGACACUGAAGAUUUUGAAGUAGAAUUUAAUUAAAACUAUUUAUUAUUUUUUCUAGUCGUGUUGUUCGUUCGUAUUUCUUUUUAAAUACAGUUGAUAUAAUGUAGCAAAGUGACUUUAUUUGUCCACUAAAAAAAUAAUGAAGUUAUCUUGGUGUUUCUUUUU